UACCACUCUUUUAAUCUCACAUCAUCCACUCACACACACACGCACACACAAACCAUGGCUUCUUCUUUGUUACUCUAUUUCUUUCUUAUCACCUUCUCAUGUUUCAUCGCUCUUUCAUCAUCACGAAAAUCAUUAACCAGCCAUCAUCCUCCAACAAACCUUCCAAGAUCCGGUUUUCGAUUAAGUCUACAACACGUAGACUCCGGUAAAAACCUCACAAAGAUCCAAAAGAUCCAAAGAGGUAUUAACCGCGGAUUCCACAGGCUAAACAGGUUAGGAGCUGCAGCUGUUUUAGCUGCAUCAUCUCGUCCUGAUGAUACCAACAACAUCAAAGCACCUACUCAUGGAGGAAGCGGCGAGUUUCUUGUGGAUUUAGCUAUAGGAAACCCUCCGGCUAAAUACUCUGCUAUAUUAGAUACCGGGAGUGACCUUAUAUGGACGCAAUGCAAGCCUUGCACCGAGUGUUACGACCAACCAUCUCCUAUUUUCGACCCGAAAAGGUCUUCUUCUUACACAAAAGUUGGUUGCUCUUCUGGUCUUUGCUACGCACUGCCUCGGUCUACCUGCAACCAAGACGAAGGAGCUUGUGAGUAUUUGUAUACCUAUGGAGAUUACUCGUCCACAAGAGGGGUCUUGGCCAAGGAAACGUUCACUUUCGGUGGCGAAAACUCGGUUUCGGGUAUAGGGUUUGGGUGUGGAGAUGAGAACGAAGGAGACGGGUUCUCUCAAGGGUCGGGUCUUGUAGGUCUUGGUCGUGGACCGCUCUCGCUUAUUUCUCAGCUCAAGGAGACUAAGUUCUCUUAUUGCUUGACCGCUAUUGAUGAUACCAAAGCAUCUAGCUCUCUGUUUAUUGGAUCUCUAGCCUCGGAUAUAGUCAAGAAAAGCGGUGGGAGGUUAGAAGGCGAAGCCACCAAAACCAUUUCCUUGCUACGAAACCCUAGCCAGCCCUCGUUCUAUUACCUUGACCUACAAGGCAUCACCGUCGGUUCAAAACGUCUUUCUAUAGAGAAGUCUAUGUUCGAACUAGCUGAAGAUGGAACAGGAGGCAUGAUCAUAGACUCUGGCACGACCCUCACGUAUCUAGAGGAGGAGGUGUUUAAUAGCUUGAAGAAGGAGUUUACUUCGCGGAUGAGUUUACCGGUUGAUGAAUCAGGGUCUACAGGACUUGACUUGUGCUAUACGUUAUCUAAUGAGGCUAAGAAUGUCGCUGUUCCUAAGCUGGUUUUUCAUUUUAAGGGUGCGGAUUUGGAGCUUCCCGGUGAUAAUUACAUGGUGGAGGAUCCGAGUGCUGGUGUUUUGUGUUUGGCUAUGGGGAAAUCUAAUGGGAUGUCUGUUUUUGGAAAUUUUCAGCAGCAGAAUUUUAAUGUAGUUCAUGAUCUUGAGAAGGAUAAGGUGUCGUUUGUUCCCACUGAAUGUGGAAAGUUGUAGAAUUUUAAUUGUUUCCUUCGUUUAUUAUUAAUAAACUUGCAUGCUUUGUGACAAAA